GCAGCAAGGCAGGGCGAUGCCAGGAAUCCUGAGGCUGAAUGACAGGAUUCAGGUUUGCGUUGCAGCAUGCAUGUCCUAUCAAGCCUUUUUAUAUGGAGGGCAGCUGUGGGCUUGCCAGGGAUUGCUGCUGCUCGUCUCUUCCCUGGAUGAGCGCAAUGCCUGCUGUGAGGUAACACUGACGUGUCGCAAUUCCCAUGCAAGGCCAGGAGGGAGUUCUUGCUGGAGCUGUUUGCGAGUCAGCACUGAAGCCUGCUAUCAUUUAGCAUGGCUUUCCUGUGUCUGCAUUCCUUGUUUUUAUUUGAUUGCAAUAUAUUUCUUAUAAAUGCUUAAUGACACCAUUGAUUCUUUUGAAUAAACUUACUGGUCUCUAAUACCUGUGCUAGCUUUGGGCAGUGGGUUCUGGGCUGUGAAAUGAAGCCUGGUUGGUUCUGACCUCCUGGGAAUACCUGCCUGACUCUGGUCCCUCCCUCCGCUUGCAUACUGCUGCUCUGAUUUUAUAAUCAGGGCAUAAAGAGGGGUGUGGUAAUUGCUGUGCGUAGGUGUCGGUUCUCACUACUUCUCCCAGCUGUUCCAAGAUUCCUCAGUCUGGGAGAAGCACGGGAAUAACCAGCACUGAGGACUGUCUUGGGAACAGCAUGGCGAGCAAGUGGAGAGGCUGGGUGCUGAUCCUCUCCGUGUGCUUGGGGUCGUACCAAGCUGGGGCCAGCCCCCUCCCUGAGUGUGACGAGCAGCCAGAGGAGUGGUGCCGUGAUGUGGGGACAGCAGCCAAGUGCGGGGUGCUGGAGCUGUGCCGGCUCACUGUUUGGGACCAACCAGUAGGGAAAGGGAUCCCAUGCCACCUGUGCCAGGUGGUGGUGUCCAUGAUGGGCAAGAUUCUGCAGGACAACUGCACCGAGGAAAAGCUGCGGCUCUUCUUGGAUAAGAGAUGUCAGUAUCUGCCCUUCCAGGACUGGUCAGUCAAGUGCAAGAAGAUGGUGGACACUGGUGUCCUCGUCCUGGCCCAACUGGGCAAGCAAGUGCUGUCAGACCCAAAGGUGGUGUGUGGCACUAUCAAGUUGUGUCAACCCCGGGGGGGCCUUGAAGGGGCCCUGAAGUUCCAGGAACAGCCACCAGCCCCCGCUGACCCUGCACAGGACUUGGCCCAACUGGCUGUGCCCUUCAUCAAUGGUGUUCCGCUCCUGCUCCAGCCCCAGGACCUGCCUCAUGCCCAGGACACUGGGGACCUGUGCGAGGACUGUGCCCGCCUGGUGGCAGCUGUGCAGUUGGAGCUGAGCAACGGGGCCACCACUGCUCGCUCACUGAUGGCCCGUGCCAAGGAGGAGUGUGAGGGCCUGGGGCCUGUCCUGGCACAGCGGUGCAAUUACUACCUGGCCAAGUAUGCGGACACAGCUGCCUGGAUGCUCCGGCACUUGCUGGCUGAGGAUCCGCGGGAGCUCUGCAGCAUGCUGGAGCUCUGCCCCACAGCAGACCCAGGACCCCUGCACACGCCACUCUCUGAGAAAAUGGCCCAGCUCCUGGGCACGCUGCUCUCCAAUACGGAGGCCACGCCGCUGUGUGAGAUGUGCGAGUUUGCUGUGCGGGCGGCUGAGAGCCUCCUGGAGAACAACAUGACAGAGGAGCAGCUGGUGAACGACAUUGAGAAGGUGUGCUACAUGCUGCCGCACAGCGUCAUCGGGCAGUGCAAGGACUUUGUGGAUUCGUACGGCAAGGCGGUGGUCAUCAUGCUGCUGGAGGCCACCGACCCGCAGGCUGUGUGCACCAUGCUGCAUGUCUGUCCGCGCCAGGAGGCGACCCGGGGGGCGGAGCUGGGGGCAGGCAUGGGGGCAGCACUGGAGCCAGCUGCUGGAGCAUUUUGCAACGUCUGCCAGAUCUUCAUCACUUACCUGGAUAAUGAGCUGCUGAAGAACGAGACGCUGACAGAACUGGGCGCUGUGCUGGAAAAGGGCUGUGAGCUGCUGCCCGGCCCGCUCACCAGCACGUGCGAGGCGCUGGUGAUGCAGUACGAGCCAGCAGCUGUGCGGCUCCUCGUGCAGAUGAUGGACCCUGACUUUGUCUGCACUAAAAUCCGAGCUUGUGACUCAGAGCUGACCUCAGCCCCCUGUGCCCAGGGACCUGACUACUGGUGCAUCAGCAUGGCCACGGCCACCGAGUGUGACGCUGUGGAACAUUGCAGGCAGCAUGUGUGGAACUAGGUGCAUCUCCAUCCUGGACCCUCCCUCCCUUGGGAUGCAGCCACAGCACCAGGGAUGGGGUGUCCCAGAGUUCCCCUGCUUGGCUCUGAGACACUCCAGUCCACUCUGCCUUCUUCUUUUCCACCCCCGGGGCUUGGAUUUUUGGAUCAGGUUAAGGGAUUUUGUCUUGUUGUUGGGACUGGGAACUCAGCAGUAGGCUUGUUUCAACAUACCCCCCUUAUGCUAUCCGCUGAGUGAAAACCUUUGGUCGUUCCCUUUCACAUCCCACCCAGAACCGACACCAAAGACAUGAUCAGAGCAACUCCAUGGACUGGGAUGGGCUCUGCUGCUGCAGUGCUGGUCCCAGUUUGCUGGUGCUCUCUCACCAUGGGUCCCAUGUGAUUUUUGGCAAGACCUUCGCUAGACUCAGUCCCAACUGGGGCAGCUAUUUAAUUUUAUUUUUUUCCCAUGGUCACCAGUUAAAGAAACAAAGCAGAUUCCAUGUGCCUGGCUUUGCAUGACUUCUGCAGUAGAUGAAUGUUGCAGGGGGGAAGGAGAAGACAUAGGCUGGGUUAGAAACAUGCAUGUGUUUUUAUAUAUAUAUAAAUAUAUUACAUAUGUUUAUAUAUACGCAUAUCUGUUAUGUGUGUGUAUAUAUACAUGUUUAUGUGUGCAUGUAUAUACACAUAUAAAUACAUAUAUUUAUGUAUAUGUAGAUAGAAGGACACUGCCUUCACCCUGCUCCUGUGUGAGGAUGGGCAUAGCCUGCAGAAGGAUGCAAACCCAGCACUGCAGGGCCAGGAUGUGGGGUUCCCUUGCUGAAGGGAGGCAUGGGCUGGUAUCUCCAGCCCCAGGCAUGGGAUGCAACAUGGGGUCACCUUCAAUCCACUGGCACAGGAGCCUCCUGGAAUAUAUAUAUAGUGUGGGCAUCCCAUGAACACACAAAUGAGUGAGUUUGGGAUUUCCUUCCCAGCAAACAUCUCUUGCAGGGGAUCCUGAUGCCAAAGUGUGGUGAUGAGGCAGUGGUGUGCUGGCUUGUCCCCACUACACCACCAAUAAACACCUCCAUCAACCUGG